AUGGCUUCAGCUAACCGCCUGGCAGUUGAGCGGCAACGUCUGACUCAAGAGUCUUAUCCAGCUAGAGUUAUCAACAUGAUCCAGGCUUCAAGGCAUCCGUCUAUCAAUAGAAUUUAUGACUCCACCUGCAAGGACUUCUUCAGUUGGUGUUCCAGGAAUCAAAUUGAUAUGUCCUCAAUUACUGUGCCUAGAAUUUUGGAAUAUUUGAUGGACGAUAUCGACAAAGGCCUCUUUCCGAAUACUAUCAAAAGGCAGGAGCUCGUUCUGCCGAGCUUUUGUCCUCGGCCGUCUCACGACCUGGAACGCCAGUGGCACACCUUGGAUAUGCGCAGAGCGUUACGCCUUUACAUAAAGUGGACUUCUGUCUUCCGUAAAGAUGAACCCAGCAGUUACACGUGUACAACAUGUAAACAGCCAUUCAACAGCGCCUGGUUUCUCUUGCAACAUGCACAGAACACUCAUGGAUUAAGAAUCUACUUAGAAAGUGAACAUGGAAGUCCUCUGACACCCCGGGUUGGUAUCCCAUCAGGACUAGGUGCAGAAUGCCCUUCUCAGCCACCACUCCAUGGGAUUCACAUUGCAGACAAUAAUCCUUUUAAUCUUCUUAGAAUACCUGGGUCAGUCGCGAGAGAAGCAUCAGGUCUUGGAGAAGGGCGUUUCCCUCCCACACCUCCUUUGUUUAGUCCCCCUCCAAGACAUCAUUUGGAUCCACAUCGCAUAGAACGCCUAGGUGCUGAAGAAAUGGCUCUUGCAACCCAUCACCCCAGUGCCUUCGACAGGGUGCUGCGACUCAACCCUAUGGCCAUGGAGCCUCCAGCUAUGGAUUUCUCCAGGCGGCUUAGGGAGUUAGCUGGAAACACCUCUAGUCCACCAUUGUCACCGAACCGGCCCAGCCCUAUGCAAAGGUUACUACAACCAUUCCAGCCAGGCAGCAAGCCACCAUUUCUGGCAACACCUCCUCUUCCUCCUCUUCAGUCUGCUCCUCCUCCUUCUCAGCCUCCUAUCAAAUCCAAGUCCUGUGAAUUUUGUGGGAAAACCUUUAAAUUUCAGAGCAACUUAGUUGUCCAUCGUAGAAGCCACACUGGAGAAAAACCCUACAAGUGCAACCUUUGUGAUCAUGCAUGCACUCAAGCAAGCAAGUUAAAACGCCACAUGAAAACACACAUGCACAAAUCCUCCCCAAUGACUGUGAAGUCAGAUGAUGGCCUCUCUACAGCCAGUUCCCCAGAGCCCGGAACCAGUGACCUUGUUGGCAGUGCUAGCAGUGCCCUCAAAUCUGUGGUGGCUAAGUUUAAAAGUGAGAAUGAUUCCAAUAUUAUUCCAGAAAAUGGGGAUGAAGAAGAGGAAGAAGAGGAGGAGGAGGAAGAAGAGGAGGAAGAAGAAGAGGAGGAGGAUUUGACUGAAAAUGAAAGGCCAGACUAUGGGUUUGGCAUCAAUCUAGAAGCAGCUCGGCACCAUGAAAACAAUUCCCGGUCUAUUGAGGAGAAUCGUUCUAUCCCGGAUGUCAUGCAAGGGAUGGUCCUGAGUUCCAUGCAGCACUUCAGUGAGGCUUUCCAUCAGGUUCUUGGUGAGAAACAUAAACGAGGGCACUUAUCUGAAUCUGAGGUGCAUAGAGAUACAUGUGAUGAAGACUCAGUAGCUGGUGAAUCUGAUCGCAUCGAUGAUGGUGCUAUUAAUGGUCGGGGGUGUUCCCCUGGUGAAUCUGCCUCCGGAGGUUUGUCCAAAAAGCUGCUCUUGGGUAGCCCAAGCUCCCUAAGUCCUUUUUCUAAACGCAUCAAACUUGAGAAGGAGUUUGACCUUCCCACGACAGCUAUGCCUAACACUGAAAAUGUUUACUCCCAGUGGCUAGCUGGGUAUGCUGCUUCUCGGCAGCUAAAAGAUCCAUUCCUCAACUUUGGAGACUCCCGACAAUCGCCUUUUGCUUCCUCCUCAGAACACUCCUCUGAAAAUGGAAGUUUACGCUUCUCGACGCCUCCCGGGGAGAUGGAUGGAGGGAUAUCAGGCCGCAGCGGUACAGGAAGUGGAGGGAGCACCCCGCAUAUUAGUGGUCCAGGCCCUGGAAGGCCUAGUUCAAAAGAGGGCAGACGCAGCGACACUUGUGAGUACUGUGGGAAAGUCUUCAAGAACUGUAGUAACCUCACUGUCCACAGGAGAAGCCACACUGGGGAAAGGCCUUAUAAAUGUGAGCUGUGUAACUACGCCUGCGCCCAGAGUAGCAAACUCACCAGGCACAUGAAAACGCAUGGUCAGGUGGGGAAGGACGUUUACAAAUGUGAAAUUUGUAAGAUGCCUUUUAGCGUGUACAGUACCCUGGAAAAACACAUGAAAAAAUGGCACAGUGAUCGAGUCUUGAAUAAUGACAUAAAAACUGAAUAGAGGUAUAUUAACUUGACCCCUUCUCCUUCCUUCCCCCAAUUUAUUCCUGGCCCCCUGUGUAGAGAUUUUCUAGUCCCUUGUGAGUAAAAUAUUGGAAGCUAAGAAUGAUAUUAAGAAAGUGCUUGUCACUAGCACACCUGUUUUCAUCUUCCUUUUUGUUUUGUUUCUUUUCCCUUUCUUUUCUGUUUUCAUCAUUUGAAUGCAUGAUCUGUAUUGGGGCAAUACUACGCAAACUUUGAGCCUUUCUCUUGUGCAAUAAUUUACAUGUUGUGUAUGUUUAUUGAUUUUUUUAAAAAUUAGACAGCAUGUAUGGUAUGUUAUGACUGUUUUUUUUAAAAAAAAAAUGUCCCCAAAUUCUUUGCUGAGCAAACAGACAAAAAGAUCUUUCACACACAUGCACAGCACCAUGGCUGUUUCCAGUGAUGUUCCAGAGAGAGAG